AUGUUUGAAUUUAUAAAAGAAUUCAUAUAAUUUGAUGAUUCAAUUCAUGCAGUAUUUAAGGAUCAAUCAGCAUUAAUAUAUUCAAACAAUGAAACUCUAAGUUAUUUUAACAGCAAAGGAGAAAAAAGCAGAAUUAAAGUGUAAAAUUGUAGAAAAUACGAUAACAUUUAAGAAAAAGUCAAAGAAGUGUUGUAGGUUGCAUCUAAAUAUACUUAUCUAAAUUCAGAUUAAAUCAUUUAUGAAGAAGCAGUUAAAAUGAAGAAAAUUUAGACUAUUAUUUGGCCACUUGAAUAUUCAAUUGAAAAUGAUUAUGCCAUAUUAAAAUCAAUUGAUGGUUAUGCUUAAAUGAAGUUAAAUCUUCAUACAUACUAAAUAUCUUUACAAUACUAUUCUUGUAAUCAAACUGUUGCUGUAGUUAAGGAGAUUGAAAAUGAUAAUAAUAAUUUUGUAAAUAAUUUCAUUAAGAAAUACAAUCUUGGAGCCUCCAAAUCAACAGGAACUAAUAUAGAUUGUGGUAUAGGUUAUACAUAUAGGAUUCUUUAAAAAGAAUAUAGUUUAAUUAACUUCCCAAUCUAAUGGAUAGCUCCUUUCUUUAUUUUAGUAAAAGACUUUUUAAAUAGUGAAAAAUGUAAAAUGUUAAUAUAAAUAGAGUAGUAUAAUAUUUAGAUAUUUAAUUUCCAACAGAGUUGAUAGAAUAUUUAUUGAAUGAAUAGGAAGAAAUGCAAGAAUAUUUUUAUGAAACUUAUAAUUGCUAUAAAAUAAAAGAUUAAUUGAUAACAAAAAUAUUGAUAGAUGAGCCAAUUAAAAAAGUGUAAAUAAAUGAUAAUGUGUCACCUAUAAUGAAUAAGAUAAGUUAAAUAAAUUUGGGAAGACCUAUUUUUAUGCUUACAAAUUAAGCAUAGUUUUGGUUUUAAGUUGAUGGAGGGAUAGGAUUAAUAAAUAAUUAACUUUUAUUAAGAGAUGGAAUAUUUUGGGAAUAUGGAUAAUAGAAAUGGGAGUAAUCAAUAUAUGUAUAUAUAUUAAAUUUAUAUAUAAGAAUGACAAAUAUAAUUUGAGUGCAUUUGAUGUGUAUUACAAACAUUUAAACCUAAAGUAUAAAUAAAAUGAGAAUUUGAUAAUCACAUAAUUGUAGGAGAAACAAAAACCUAUAGAAUACUAUAGAGUAGAAUAAGGAAAUUUUGAAGAACUCAGAAAAGUUGAGUUAAGAGAAGUGGGAGAAUUUUUAUUAUUAAAGAAUGGUACUGUGAAAGCUAAAUUUGUGGAUAGAACAGUAAUUUCAUUUAAGUAUCCUCCUCCAUGUAGUAUAAAAAUAAUAUCAAAUUAUGGUUUAAUAAAUAGUAUAGAGUUUAGUCCAAUUUAAGAUGAAAGAUUGUAUUUUACAUACAAUCAUUAUUUGGAGUAUUUUGAUGAUGAAUUACAAGUUUAUAUGCAAUAUUGUUUAAAGCUAGCUGAAGAAUCUUAUAUUAUUCCGGAGAUAUAUUAAUAGAGAUAAACCCAUAGUAAUCAAUUAUCAUCAUGGGUUGAAUAGGAGAUGGAAAAAAAUUAGAGAUUUCUGGUUUUAAGUGGAAAGUAUAGUUGUUAAGAAUUAAAUGAAUAGAAAGAAGAAUAAUCUUUGGAUGAAAGAAUUUAAUAAUUACUUACAGCAAAUUAAGAAAUGUUAUAAAAAUUAAAGAAAUGA